CACCCGCCUCACGCGGCUUCCACACACAGCCGCAGCCGUCGUUCCUCACGUCAUCCGGUUCAGACAGACUGCGAGCGAGCGAACGAGCGAGAGAGAAAAAGAAAGAGAGAGAGAAAGAAACAAGGGGUGGUGCGUCGCGGUGCGGCGCACGAGACGACGACGACACGAGACGAGCCGCUCGCUCCUCUCGGUCGGCUCGGUCGUAUCGGAGCGGAGCGGAAAGCGCAAAGCCCACACCACACCACAUACUACCAGCUUACUCGCACGCUCGCUCGCAAUAACUCUAAACUCGAGGCAAGAUGGCGGCCGCGGCGGCGGAGGCCCCAUCCGCGCACCUCGCGCUCGCCACGGGCGACAAGAUCCUCGUGACCGUCGAAUCCGCGCUGCCCGACAUCCUCGUGGUAUCUUUCGUCCAUGGCGCCAAGUGCUUCCAAGGUGCGCUUCUCGACGCCACUAAUAGGGGCCUUCCCUGUGGUGUUCAGCCACCGGAACCGGUGUCGGAUCCCGAUGGCGACAAAUUGGCGACGAUCGCGGCGCGAUUCAGCUACUUUCAGGAGAAGAAGAACGCGUCGUUGUCGUCGGCGACCACCGUUGUCGCCAAGGUCGACCUCCGUAGGAGCAUCAAUCCGCCCGCUAGGUACAAGAACGCGAGGCCUACGGUGAGAUUAAGGCCUCGCCAGGUGCUCUGCAGCAAGUGUCGGUCGAUCUGCAACGAGAAUAGCGAGAACGUUGACGUCAGCAGGAAGCGGAAGCAUGAGGACGUGCAGCAGCAACAGCAAUCGCAACAGCUGAUCCCGGGGUCUACGAGAAGAAGCGACCGACGUUGCGGUCAGCAACCGCAAAAGACUCAGCGAACGCUGUUGUCGGAAUGCCGGACGGAAAGCACGUUCUCUAAUCAAGCAACGACGAAGACGACAAGUUCGACCGAUUCAUCGAAGCUAGGAGCGACGCUGAUUCCGAAACUGUCGAGACUGCAGCCCAAUCAGAUCAACACGGUGCAGGGAUCUGGACAGUUACCUGAUAAGGUGAAGGUCGCGGCGAGCGCGCAAUCUUCGCAUUGGCCUGUCAGAAACGAAGAGGAAGCGUCCUUAAGAAAUGUACUCACGUCGUCACAGCAACGGGUAGAGUCUACUGUCGACUGCGACAAUAAUCCCUCAACGGCUUAUUGCGCUACGCCGAGAAGACUUAGUAGUUCGUCGGUGGAAAGUGCGAAGAUUCCCGAGGAAGAGGAUAAGAAAACCUUUGCGGCUGCAGACUCCACGAUGAGACUGAGAACCGGCAGAGUGCCGAGAAAGAAGCGUUCGGUAGGUUCGAUGGAGGAUCUCUGGGAUGAGUCGGUGUUUGAGGAUCCUACAAGGACCGCCAGGACUACACCGGUGAUCAAGAUCUCGUUUGGUGCCCAAGGCGAAGGGACUGUUCUCAAAAUACCAGCAAAACCUCAGGAUCCGGAUGCGUACGAGCAGGAAACAGACGAUGCCGACGACAUUCAACAAGAGAGAGAUCUUCUGGAACUGCCUAGAUCCUUCGGCGAUGAUUAUGACGGCGAGGAAGAUGGGCAGGAACAAGUAGAUCCUCAGAAACAAGGUGGUGUGGUGAAGGAUGCUAGCGCGAAGGCAGCGAAACGAGCCCUAAAGAAGGCUAAGAAAGAGGCUAGAAGAAAGAUGUUAGGCGGUGUGUCGCCAGCGAGAUCGCCUUGCAACGGAUCGCCGAGAUACAACCCCACGUACGACCCUCUCUCAUAUCACCGUCGAAAGCACAAGGUAAAGCAUAAAAAGAAGCAUAAGGAAGGUAGAAAGCACAAGAGUCAGCAACAGCAACAACAACAAGAACAACAGGAACAAUUGCAAUCUGAGCAAUCUUGUUUGGAUUCUGCGGAGCAUCGAGAGCAACAGGAACAACAACCGCAGCAACAUAACUGGAAUGUCUUGCCAGGUGGCGGUGAAUCCUAUAGAGCCAUCAAAGAACAGUGCCUAAAACAGAAGCUGUCGAUAUCCCUGAAGAGGCUGAAUACGAAUGCGUACGCGCGUUGCGAUUAUCCUGUGAGCAACGCGUCUUCUGGCUUCAAGAGUUCCGGUGGAAGUAGUGACGAAUUAAGCGAACACGAACCGGAAGUGGAGACCGCGCCGGAUUUUCCACCCCAUCAGUCGCAUCCUCUGGUCAUGCGUCUGGCCGCUACCUCUGUGGCUCACUGCCUUACGGCUAGUGGCAGACGGAUGGAUGUUGGCGACGUUGUAUGGGGCAAAAUCCAUGGUUUUCCUUGGUGGCCCGGCAAGGUUUUAAGUAUUACAGUAUCUUGUAAGGAAGAUGGUACUUCAUCAGGUCCUCAAGCUCACGUAGCUUGGUAUGGGUCAUCAACAAGUUCAUUGAUGUCCUGUGAUCAGUUAAGUCCCUUUCUGGAAACCUUCAAGACGCGGUAUAACAAGAAAAAACGCGGUCCCUACAAAGAGGCGAUACGACAGGCUCAAAACGAAGCCCGAAGUCAAAUCACGCCUAACUCAACUAGCAGUGUAUUAAACGUUUGCGGUUCGCCCCGCGAAGUCAACGUCCUUUCCUAAGGGAAGUUCUCCAACAACCAUUCCUUAUUAAUAAACAUUCGUCGGCAUGAUGAGUGAAAGUGCUCAUGGCACGAGAGUCGAUCGAUAACAUCUUCGAACUUAAUAGUUUUAUUGAUUUAUGUUUCUCGCACAAUAUUUUAUUUUUAUAUUA